AUGCGCACCCUACCCCCUCCCCCCUCCCCCACACCCUUCGGCCCUUUAAAACCCUUUCUCCACUGCUGUUCCAUUCGUCGAGAAUUCAGAACUCACAAGAACAACACUAAACCUCCGCCUCCGCCUCCGCCGCACAAGGCAGAAAACCACCGGGAAAGGAAUAAGGAAAUGCUGAUAUCAGUAUUCCUCGCUCUUUUCCUACCAUGUGCUGGCAUGAGCGCCGUCUUCCUCGUCUACAUUUGCUUGCUGUGUUACGCCGCCCGCCACUACCACCGGGAUGAUCCGGUAAAACCCGCCACCGAAAAUGGCCUCUCCUCCACCCAACUCGCCAAACUGCCGACAACCAUGGGGAAGGAUCUGGUGUUGGGAACGGAAUGCGCCGUGUGCUUGGAUGACGUCGAGCCGGAGCAACUUGCUCGGAUGUUUCCCGGUUGCAACCAUGGAUUUCAUGUACAAUGCGCCGAUACUUGGCUCUCGAAGAACCCCGUUUGCCCUGUUUGCCGGAAUAAACUCGACGCCGAUUUCUUUGUUCCUCCUGAAGAAAACCCAUGUUGA